AUGCGAAUCGUGUUUCUAGGACCUCCUGGCGCCGGCAAAGGGACGCAGGCCGCCAUUCUGACCGAGAAACUCGGUUACGUACACCUUUCGACUGGCGAUUUGAUCAGAGACGAGAUGACUCGUGAAACCGAACUGGGCAAGUUCGCCAAGACCUUUUAUGACAAGGGCGAUUUGGUUCCCGACGAAACCGUGAUCGACAUGAUCAAAGCCCGCUUGGCCGAAACCGAAAACGUUAUCCUAGAUGGUUUCCCGCGCACUGUUAUCCAAGCUGCAUCUUUGGACGACCAACUGGCCACAGCCGGCGUGUCCCUAGACAAGGUCAUCUUCUUCAACGUUGAUGUCGACGAACUGAUUGGCCGGCUCGAAAAACGCCGUGAAAUCGAAGGUCGUGUCGACGAUGAACCGGAAGCGAUUCGGAAUCGCAUGGGCGUCUACAACCGCGAGACAGCGCCGGUGGUCGAUUACUAUCGUGACGGCGGUCGAGUGAUUGAGGUGGAUGCCUUGGGCACGAUAAACGAUGUACAAGAACGUUUGAUGGGUGCUGUUGCUUGA